AGCAUUUCUUUAUGCUUAUUUGAUAAUUUAUGCGUGAAUCAAACUCUCGUCUUGUAGAAGUAAAUAGAGCAGUGAGAGUGAUUUCACAGGCAGAAUACGAUCGAAGAGCGCUAGAUUGUACAUCAGCACUACCUCUGUUAAAUACCUUAUUAAGUCUUAGUUAUCAAGUGACUAUUUCGCCUACUGUUCGCUCUAUGUUAGUAAUUGACGGUGGUCUAGAAAGAAUAGUACAUAUUUUAGUCAACUGCCGAAAGUUAGAUCCACUCUCGAUAAGAAAACGGCAUACGGCACUUGAGUGUCUUUAUAAUAUUUGUACCCGUGGUACAGAAUUUAUUCGAGUUCGUAUGGUUGAAACGGGUGUCGCUGAUUUAGCUCUUGCUACUGUAUCCUCCUUCAAUGUUAAUAAUUCCUAUUCAACUUUAGAAGAGCAGAGUCAAAUCGAAUCUACUUGUAUAUCAAGACAACGUUCAACAUUCAUCAAACGUACUCCUCAAAUGCAAAAGCCUAAAACAGCUUCCAAUCUAACAGGAACAAUGAAUACUUUUUUACAAAAUAUUUUAGACGAUAAGUUAUUUGGUCAAGAACAGCAUGUAUGUUUAGCUUUGCGAAUGAUUGCCUUUUUAACUAAGCAUUUUUCAAUCCGUAAGGUACUUCAUUCCAAAUAUGACCAUAGUCUAUUUGCUGUUGUUGAAAGAUUUACGCAUACGGAUUAUACUGAUGAAAUUAAAACAUGGGCAAGAGCUAUUUUAUUACAUUUUUGUAAACGAGAAGGUUUAACAGACGGUCUAAGAAGGUGUGCUAAUUUAGAAUGUGAUAAGUGGGAAAGCCAUCCACGUGAAUUUCUUAAAUGCAAUAAUUGUCGAAGAGUUAGAUAUUGUUCACAAAGCUGCCAGCAGAAUGCAUGGAAAGGAGGACAUGAAUUUUGGUGCUGUAUAAGAAUGAAUUCUGAAGGAUUUCUAAUAAAAUAUUAA